AUGGUCUAUGGUUUUGGUCAUAAUAUCAAUGGAUGUCUUGGAUUGGGACACAACAGACCCAUACUAUCACCGCAAGAGAUACCAGAAUUGCGUAAUCAAAGUAUACAAUACUUUGUCAACGGAUAUAAUUUCAUGUUAGCAGUGAAUGCCGUGAAUAACGUAUUCAGUUGGGGCGCACAAUUGGCCCAGGGUCAUAAUCAAACUGUAUAUUUAAGACCACACCUCAUACAACAUUUUAGCGGUAAAAAUAUUGUUCAAAUCAGUUGUGAUUAUUCCCAUUCACUGGCCCUCACCGGUGACGGCCGGGUGUAUGCCUGGGGUAGCAAUUAUUACGGACAGAUUGGAUGUGGAGAUGGCAUUGGAUUCACUAAUACACCGAUUGAGAUGACAUUUAAGUUUAAUUAUAAAAUAAAAUCCGUUUAUUGUUAUAACGACUCGUCGUUUGCCAUCACAUCCGACGGCCGUGUCUUCAGUUGGGGUGAGAAUAGUUGCCAUCGAUUGGGACACAAUAUAACCGAUGAUAAAGUGCUGAAACCCCUAAUGAUUUUAACCAUAAGUGAUGUCAUAUCUGUCUGUUGUUCACAAUUGGAUAUGAAUGAAUUAACAAUCAUUACAUCAAACGAUAUCGAAAUGAAAAGCGUUAAUACAGUGAGUGUUAUGUCAUUUGAAGAGUUCAGAGAAGUAUUACAACCGAUGGCCAGUAAUAGCGAUACUAUUACACCAAUGGGAAACAAUAAUGGUCAGAGCCAAGUGUCUCAAAACAGCGUUUACCAUAAUACUUUUGAUCAACUCGAUCAGAUUGGGUGGGGUGGGUUCGGCACUGUGUUCAAAGUGAGACAUAAAUUGCUUGGUAUUGUGUACGCGGUCAAAAAAGUCACCUACCCCGCUGAGGGAAGUGAUGGACGUCAACAGCGAGUGCUAAAAGAGGCACAAAGUUUAGCAAAACUGAGCGCACAAUAUGUGGUACAGUAUUACAACUCAUGGCUCGAAGACAACAACACUCGACUGUACAUUCAGAUGGAGUAUUGCCCGCAAAGUCUGAAGACAGUAUUGGCCGCCAAAGCGCUGGCUUUUGGCAGACAAUCAAAGGCGGAACCGAUGAACGCAUUCGAGUAUUUCAUUUCGUGUGAAAUAUUCAAAGAACUCUUAGAAUGUGUUGAAUAUAUUCACGGAUUGGAUCCACUGCUUAUUCAUCGGGACAUUAAACCGGACAAUAUAUUAAUUGAUCCCAACUUCAGGUCCAAUCGGUGCGUAAAACUGUGUGACUUUGGUUUGGCCACUGUUCACGACCCGAACCGACACUCUGCCAGCCAUACGAAAGAUGCGGGCACUCCUGCAUAUAUGGCGCCCGAAGUAUCUAGCGGCCGAUAUAAUCACAAGUCAGACAUUUAUAGUGUCGGUCUAAUCGGGAAGGAGUUGUUUGGCAUAGAUUUCAAUGUCUCGCAAUCAUUUGAAGCAAAUGAAUUGGUGGUCAAGUCAUGCAUACUAUGUAUGCCUCAAACGCUGGAGGAUAUGAUGAUAACUGGCCGGCGAUGGAAAGACAGGACUGAGUGUCGGCAAGUGUUGGCCAAACAGAACGAGUGGUCUAUCGAUAAUUGUGGUUCUUGUCAUUCACUGGCCCUCACGAGUGAUGGCCGGGUGUAUGCCUGGGGUUGCAAUGGUUUUGGACAAAUUGGUCAGAGCGUUUACAUCAAUCCUUUUGGCAAACCUAAGGUGAUAGGGAGGGGUGGGUUUGGCGUUGUCUAUAAAGUGAAGCAUAAGUCAGGCGAUGAGGUGUACGCCAUUAAAACGGUCACUUUUCCCGCGUCGAGUGAUGCACACAAACUGCGAGUACUAAAUGAGGUAAAAAGUUUGGAAAACGUGCGCUCAGAAUAUGUGGUCCAGUAUUACACCUCUUGGAUAGACAGCAAUCGGCUGUACAUUCAGAUGGAGUAUUGCCCGCAAAGUCUGCGCAAAGUAUUGGCCGACAAAGCGCUGGCAUUUGGCCGACAAUCGCCGACCGAACCGAUGGAUGCGUUUGAGUAUUACAUAUCGUGCGAAAUAUUCAAAGAGCUCUUAGAGAGCGUUCAAUAUCUUCACGAAUUGAAUCCACGGGUCAUUCAUCGAGAUCUCAAACCGGACAACGUUUUGAUUGCCAACACAUUAAUUGGAACUAACAAUAGCCGGCGAUUCAUAAAAUUGGGUGACUUUGGUUUGGCCACUGUUCACGACCCGAGCCGACACACUGACAGCCGAUACGGCCAUACAUUAGGUGCGGGCACUAAAAAAUAUAGAGCACCCGAAGUUUCUAACGGCAGAUAUAACCACAAGUCAGACAUUUAUAGUCUUAGUAUAAUUGGACAGAAGUUGUUUGGCAUUGAUUUGCAGACCAACGGAUGUCUUGGAUUUGGACACAACAGACCCAUACUAUCACCACAACUGAUACCGGAAUUGCGUAAUCAAAGUAUACAAUACUUUACCAAUGGAUGUGAUUAUGUAUUAGCCGUGAAUAACUUGAAUCACAUAUUCAUUUGGGGCGAUUAUAGUGUGCGACGAUUGGCCCAGGGUCAGAGCGUUUACACCGAUAGGUUUGGCAAACCCGAGCUCAUAGGGAGGGGUGGGUUCGGCGUUGUGUAUAAAGUGAAGCAUAACUCAGGCGAUGAGGUGUACGCCAUCAAAACGGUCACUUUUGUCGCCUCAAGUUAUGCACACAAACUGCGAGUACUAAAUGAGGUAAAAAGUUUAGAAAACGCGCGCUCAGAAUAUGUGGUCCAGUAUUACACCUCAUGGAUGGACAACAAUCGGCUGUACAUUCAGAUGGAGUACUGCCCGCAAAGUCUACGGACACUAUUGGCCGACAAAGCGCUGGCAUUUGGCAGACAAUCGGCGGCCGAACCCAUGAAUGCCAUCGAGUAUUACAUAUCGUGUGAAAUAUUUAAAGAGCUCUUAGAGUGCGUUCAAUACCUUCACGAAUUGGUUCCACGGGUUAUUCAUCGGGAUCUCAAACCAGACAACAUUUUGAUUGCCAAACCAUUAUAUGAUAACAACAAUAGCCGGCGAUUUAUAAAAUUGGGUGACUUUGGUUUGGCCACUGUUCACGACCCGAGCCGACACACUGCCAUCCGAUACGACCACUCGGCGGUCGGCACUAAUAAAUAUAGAGCGCCCGAAGUAUCUCACCGUCAAUAUAACCAUAAGGCAGACAUUUUUAGUCUUAGUCUAAUAGGACAGGAGUUGUUUAAUAUUGAUUUGCAGGCUUGUGGUUCUUUGCACACACUGGCCCUCACCGGUGAUGGCCGGGUGUAUGCCUGGGGUUGGAAUUAUUAUGGUCAAAUUGGUUGCGGAGGUGACUUUGGUUUGACCAUCGGUCAAUCAAUCACAAGCUAUGUGGGAGCCGCACCAAAACUAUGUCAACCCACAAAUAAAAUGGAGUUUUGUUCGCAAAGUCUUCGGUCUCUACUCGAAGACAAACCAAUUGUCUUCGGGAGACAACCCGAAGACCCGAUGAAUGUCUUUGAAUACUUUAUUUCGUGUGAAAUAUUCAAAGAGAUCUUAGAGUGCGUCCAAUAUCUCCACGAAUCGGAUCCACCAGUUAUUCAUCGGGAUCUCAAACCCGAUAACAUAUUAAUUGAUCCCAACUUUACGUCCAAUCGUUGUGUAAAACUGUGUGACUUUGGUUUAGCCACCGAUCACAACAUCAAUGGUCAGACAUCUAACAGAUACGCGCAUUCAGUAGUGGGCACAACACGAUAUAUCGCACCAGAAGUAUAUAGCGGUAGAUAUAAUAGCAAAUCAGACAUUUAUAGUCUGUAUGUAAUCGGCGAACAGGUGUUUAAUAUUGAUCUCCAAACGACGUUCCUGGACGUCUGGGAACGCUACGCGUAA